ACCUCAAGAACGGUUCAAGGGUUAAAGAACACAACCCUGCACACCUCGCAACAGCUGGCAACACUGCGCAGUGAAAUUCAGUGGGACAUCGUCAGCAGUCAAUCGAAAAUUAGCCAAAACAAGUGAAUUGUGAGGUACCAACGGGAAUCGAAAACCGGCAGUCAAGAUGUCUCUGGGACCGUUCUUUCGUUCGCCGUUCACCGAUCUGACCGCAUCGAUGGUCAACUUCCAGCAGUACGACAAGUGCGGUGAGCUCGAGAUGGCUUCCAUCGACUGCCUGGAGGCGUACGGUACGGUGCGAGGAGCGAAGAAGUGUGCUGACCUGCUGGCCGAUUUUCAGGAGUGCGCGUUCAUGACGAAACAGAUCGCCAGAUUCCGGGCCAUGCGUAUGGAGAGACAUCGUCAAGGAUUCAACGGAGACCGCAAGGACGAAGGCUACUAUGCUCCGCCACCACGCGUCGAUGCUUACUAGAAAUUUGAUGGCAGUGUGGUGUUAGAGACCGAGAAACGGAGGGACUCGCGGAUUCCUUGUAAAUUUAAUGCUGUAAUACAUUCAACAGCUACCUUGAAACCUGCA